CCCCUUUUGUGUUGAUCGUUAGAGGCGGUUUUAUAGCUGCCAUUAUCUAUGACAAUGAAGACCGUAGAACAUUGAUAGCAAUGGCAUAAGAAGGCGGACAUCUAGGUCCUCUCGAGUCCGUGAGUUCCAUGGUAUGAGCCGGCGAUUGGUGAAAGCAUUGCCAAGUCUUAUAUUCAGUUCGUUUCAUGAAGACAACAUUUACUGCAUUCACUUACACUAUUUGCCUCAAAGACUACACUGUCGGAGACAAGCAGAUAUCUUGCACAAAGACCUGCAACGAUGUUCCGUAAUCGACUUUGUGUUGAUGGAGGCUUGACAUUGUUUAUGCCACCAACAGCUGCUGCUAAAACAGUUCGAGUUUGUGCUUUUUCCGCGGGUAACUUCAAACUAAAGGGUAUUGAGAUCUGCCCAGAUUGCAACCCUUUAAACAGGGCAACAUCUAGACAAGUAAGUGCUCGGUUUCUUCUAAUGAAAUCAUUCUCAUUUUAAGAGUAAGUGUGUUAAUUAGUACUAUAGAUUCUGAUAGUUUUCCAGAAGCUGGCUUUAAAGUCACAAAAAGUUGUACUUCUUAGAUCAAACAAAGCAAAUGGUACAUCACUUUUACUUGGAGUUCUUAUACUUGUAACUUGUUCAUCAAAAAAACAUGUGCUUCGAGGAGUCGCUAUUAGGACCAAAGAAUUCUUAAUAGAGUUUGUCCACAAAU